UCCACGUGACUGGCGGUUUGGAAAAGUUGCUGUGAGGACCUGCUACUGCUCUUCCAUCGAGACAGCAGCUGUGGCGCGCUAGUAGUCCAGCACUGCGAGAGUUUGAGGCGCUCUGUCUUUCUUUGAAAUACGACUGUUGAACGAAAUUAGGUUACUUCUAUGUCAAAAAGGACAUGCUACCUUUUACUUUGAUUGGAUAACAGGAACGACUUUGCAAGUGAAAGUUCAUGGACUCACGUUGAUAUCCUUUGAGGCUUUGACGCUUGAACCACACGUGAAACAGUCGCCUAACAAGAAGGCCAUUUAUUUUGGGGAGCAGAAUGUUUCUGAAAUGAGAUUGGAGUGGUCUUUCUGACGCUGGGGACUGGAAAAGCACAGAGCAGUCGGAUGUAAUGGCCAUUUUUAUUUUAUUUCUUCCCGGACUGAUCUCACUGCUUUCGCAAUGUGAUUUCUGGAGGAGAGCUGACGAACUCCUCUCCAUCUACCCUCUCUCUCUCUGCGACUCUCCCCCUCCCCCAAGAUGAGUGCCAAGUCAGCCAUCAACAAGGCGGUGUUCACGCCCCACGAUGAGAAGAUGCUUGCAGCCGUGCAGGUGAAGAGGAGGACCAAGAAGAAGAUCCCCUUCCUGGCUACUGGAGGACAGGGAGACUACAUGACCUUCAUCUGCCUCUCAGUGACUAAUAAGAAGCCUUCCCAUGUGUCCAUCACCAAGGUGAAGCAGUUCCCAGGUUCAUCGUCCUUCGCCAAGAGGUCAAUGUGGACCAUCGACCAGCUGAGACAGGUCAACGGCUGUGACCCCAACAAAGACUGUCCAGAGUUUGACUUGGCAUUUGACAAUGCCUUUGACCAGUGGGUGGCUGGCUCGGCCGGCGAAAAGUGCACCUUUAUCCAGAUCCUCCACCACACCUGCCAGCGCUACAGCUCUCAGAGCAAGCCAGAAUUUGUCAACUGUCAGUCUAAACUGCUGGGAGACGAUGAAACUGUAGAUUCAGUCGUUUUCCGUUGCAAGGUCUUUUUGAGCAGAAUGAGGAAAGAAGUUGUUUUAAACAGUCGACGCCAAGGUCGCCGGCUACUCUUAGAAGGUAACAGUAUACUCCACUCUGCAGCAGACAGUGUGACCAGUGCUGUACAGAAGGCCAGCCAGGCUCUGAACGAGCGAGGGGAGCGGUUAAGCCGGGCGGAGGAGAAAACAGGGGAGAUGAAGAACAGUGCUGAGCAGUUCUCAGUCACCGCACACAAGCUGGCCAUGAAGCACAAGUGUUAAACCAUUGCUAAGCCUUCGGGAGUAGGGGUCCGCCAAGAGCGCCAGACGCCAUUAAGGACGGAUUUCUGAUUUUAUUAUUCUUACAACUUUUAACAUGAUUACUCUUGUUAACAACGGUAACAUUUAAAUUUUGUGUUGUUGUGUAGCUACCUUGUUUCUAAUGAAGAAUAUAUGAUGACGUUGAGGGGGGAGAGCUCAGACAGUUAAGAGCAAAAGUUUCACAGCUAACUCCUCUUUCACUGCCUCCAUUGCCCCCUAAGUACUCCAUGACUUUACGUAGGCACUGCCAUCCCCAACCUAGACAAACACACACACACACACACACACAUUUUAGAUUCCCCCCCCAAAAAAAAAGGAGCAACUCUUCAACUCCGCUGUCUCUCUCAAAGAAGUAACUUUAUAUAUAUACAGUGCUGGAAAAGGAGAAUUUAACAAGACAGAAGAGAUUGGAUGAUGUGACACAUGCGUAUCACAUGAUGGCUAUUUCCUGUACUUGGAGACAACAAUGUACAUCCCUGUAUGUGAACAUUAACUUGUUAAAAAAAUGUUAGAUCUCUUUUGCCAUUUGACAUCACACUGUUGUAAAGGCUCAUUGGUGCAUUCAUUCAUUGCAGACAUAAUACUAGCCAAAUGUGUGACGGACAUGUUGCUUCAAAAACCUCCUGCUGGAAGACUAUAUUUCAACUAAGAUGGUAUGAAAUGUGCUGUUUUCCAACUAAAAGGUCUGAGUGACCAAAUGUUCAGGUGCAUGGUCUCUGUCAAAAGGUUGAAUGAAACCUACAGAGUAAAGACAAGCAUUUAGGCUUUACUUUUGGUAACAUUUCCGAAGGGUUAUUGAAGCACUUGGUUGUAAGAACAAGAUCAGACUGUUUAUUGUAAGGUGAAAGACUACAGUGCCAUUUGUAAAUUAGCUUCAACUGUUGUUAACAAGCUUAUAAACCUGUAAAUGCAUUCUACCACAAUCUCUGAAAAUAAUAUUUCCAUUCUAACUUGGUCACAUCUUGUAAUUCUUGUUUAAUUGGGGUUUAUGAAAUGUUUUCUGUAAAACAUCUGACUGACACUUCUUCACUAGCGGCAUUGUACAGUAUUGGUGUCCAUUCACUGACUGUGUAACCGUGGCUUCAUCACAAACAAGUAACCACCCACAGUGUGGGUAUGUUUAUUACUUUUAGAUUCUAUGUCUUGCUGUUACAGUGCACGGACAACCUUACCUUGCAGAGCACUGUUAAGUUCUUAAUGAAAUUCUCGUUGCCUCAACUUCUAGUCUGCUUUAGUCCUAACAUUUUGGAUAUUCAUUGUUUUUAAUAAAAAUAUUGAAACUAUGUAUUAUGGUUAUGAAUGUUUUGGGGUUUUUUGCUAGUGCAAGCCCCUUAGUUGGUCUCAGUGAAUACGUUUAUUAUCCUUCACUUUUCAUAGGACCAGAUGAGGUCCCUAAACAAAGUGCAAUGGUUCUAGAUUGGUGCCUUUUUAAACAGUCUUUUAUUAGUUAUUCAACAGCAUGUGGUUUUACUUGAGCAGUCUGAUUGUGUUAUGACAACACUCGUGGUAACCCAGGCGAACAGUGCCUUGCUAUAUCGAUAACCAAAGGGAGAAAGUAAAGUAUGUUUUGUACCAGGUUUGAAAGAGGGUGUUGCUUAAGAUGUAUGGUGCUUGUUGGAAGUUAAUUGUGUGAGGAAUACAGAAGAAGAAAAGGCUGAAUAGGUGGUUAUUACAGAAUGAUUAGGUGGUUAUUACAGAAUGAUAAGGUGGUUAUUACAGAAUGAAUAGGUGGUUAUUACAGAAUGAAUAGGUGGUUAUUACAGAAUGAUUAGGUGGUUAUUACAGAAUGAAUAGGUGGUUAUUACAGAAUGAAUAGCUGGUUAUUACAGAAUGAAUAGCUGGUUAUUACAGAAUGAAUAGGUGGUUAUUACAGAAUGAAUAGGUGGUUAUUACAGAAUGAAUAGGUGGUUAUUACAGAAUGAUUAGGUGGUUAUUACAGAAUGAAUAGGUGGUUAUUACAGAAUGAAUAGGUGGUUAUUACAGAAUGAUUAGGUGGUUAUUACAGAAUGAAUAGGUGGUUAUUACAGAAUGAAUAGGUGGUUAUUACAGAAUGAAUAGGUGGUUAUUACAGAAUGAUUAGGUGGUUAUUACAGAAUGAAUAGGUGGUUAUUACAGAAUGAAUAGCUGGUUAUUACAGAAUGAAUAGCUGGUUAUUACAGAAUGAAUAGGUGGUUAUUACAGAAUGAAUAGCUGGUUAUUACAGAAUGAAUAGGUGGUUAUUACAGAAUGAAUAGGUGGUUAUUACAGACAAACACUAUUUUCAAUUAAACAUAUUGAGUUAUUUCAAAACAUCCGUCUCGUUGUCUAUAUCAGAUUGCAUACCAUCUAAAUAAACAGAAAUUGUCUCCACAAGUCUCUA